UCUCUUUCUCUUCUCCCUUCUUCCUAAAUUCUGAUUCACUUCUCAUCUCUUCUCUACAGGUCUAAUGAUGGCUAUGGAGUAUUGCUUAGUUCAGUUAGCUUAGUUCAUCGUAGUUAAUUUUACUCUUGUAAUCAUAAUCCAUUUAGCAUUUAUAAAUCAGAAAACUGUCCCAAAAUCUGAAUUCCUUUUCCUUUUCUGCAAUUGUGAUUUUGGAUCAUAACAUAAGAUGUGAAAACGGCUACACAUUUUACUAUUUCCGGCUUUCGAUAUCUCACAGACUCUCAGUACAGAGUUGUUGACAAACUUGUUUGGUUAGACCAUGAGGAAUGCUUCGACAUCUGGUGUAGAUACAAUUAGCAAUUUGCCUUGUAAUGUUCUCGAUGUUAUUCUUGGGUGCUUGCCUUGGAAAGAUGCAGUGAAGACCAGUAUCUUGUCAAAAGACUGGAGGUACAAAUGGGUAACACGUCAAGAACUUGAUUUUAAUGAUGAGUUUUUCAAGUCUUUCAAACAAGAUGAAGAAGCCAAGAGAAUCAUUUACCAAGUCCUAUUAGUCCAUAAAGGACCAAUACUGAAGUUUAGACUCUGUAGGAUUACGAGUUGUACUGAUAUUGAUCAUUGGAUGCACUUCUUAUCGAAGAAAAAUGUUCAGGAAUUCACCCUUCAUGUAAGCUUAGGAAACAAAUAUCAUUCACCUCAUCAUCCUUUUACAUUCCAGCAACUAAGGUUUUUGGAACUUCAAGAUUGCUUGUUCCACCCUCCACUCGGUUUCAAAGGGUUUGAGAAGCUUAUUAAUCUCGAUCUUGUGUGUGUCACUUUUGAUCCAUCAAUAUUUACUUAUCUCAUCUCUAAAAGCCCGUUGCUUGAAUGAUUGAGGUUUGCGUUGCUGCACAAACUUUGACAUCCUUGAAAUUGAUGCCGCUAAUCUCAAAUUCUUUGAGUUUAUUGGAAAAACAAAAUCCAUUUCCUUCAAGAACGCUCCUAUGCUUGAAAAAGUUACUGUGGCUUUCCUUGGACGACGACUUUUGACUGAUACAUCUCAUGUUUGCUCUAAUUUCCCAAAGUUCUUCCAUUACAUGCCUUCACUGCUGGAACUGGAUAUAUGCGGUACAAUAUUAGAGUACUUGAUCAAGGGAGGUAUACCAGAGAGUCCCCCAACUGCUCUGAACAAUAUCAAAUCUCUCACUAUUUUGUCCAUGUCUUUAAGAAACGCCGAGGUGGUUUCAAGUGCAGUUUACUUGAUUACAAGCUGUCCUAAAUUACAAGAUCUUACAAUUGACUUUUACCAAGUGUGGGUGGGGGAUAUUGUUGAACCUGUUGUACAGUUGCUACGAGCCCAAUCAUCCUCAAGCGGUGCUUUGAAGCUUCAAAGAGUUCAAGUGAACAUGUUUACUGGUCUCGAGAUGGAAAUGGAGUUUAUGAAGUUUAUAUUGGCAUCUGCACCUGUACUUGAGGAGAUCUUCAUUUGGAAUUGUACACGUUUCCUUUUUCGUUCGUGUAAACAAAUGAUCGAUGAGAUGAAACAAUUCCGCAGAGCAUCAACCAAUGUUGAAUUCCAUUUGAAGAAAUCGAUAUGGAAGGUGGAUAUGAACAUGAAGAAGUCAUGGAAGUGCCAUGAUUUUGCUAACAUAUUAUUUUUUUGUAGCACUUAGUUUGCCUGUUAUGCCCUGUCUUGUAUGUCUAAUAUUAUGCAGUAUAUAUGUGCUUGGCUAAGUAAGUUUUAACAGUUUGAUGAACUAUGACUCUACUUGUAAUGGUCACUGUAUUACUAUGUUAUUCCGAUUUUGGCCCCUGUGUUAUACAA